AUGUCCGCUUACAACGGUUUCCCCGAAAUCACGUUAUCAAAGAAGUGCGCUAAAUAUUUACUAACAAGAAAUGCCGGCGAGAAAGCACUGUUUAGAAAAGAGUCUUUUCUGAUAGAAAAAGCAAAAACAAAGCAGGAAAAAGCGUUUCGGAGAGAAAGAGAACUGCUUAUACAUCGCGAGUGUAGAAACCGAGAACUGAUUCAGGCAACACAGCUGAAUGGAAGAACAAGCGUCACAUUAAAAAAGAUUUCAAGAUCCAAUAAAGGCAAGAGUGAUUGGGAGAUAAAGAGUGAUACCUCGUACGCAAGGCAGCGAAGAAGACCAGGAGUUUUGUUCAACAAAAAAGUAUCAGUGGCUUCAUCGCGGCACUCUACUUUUUCCAACUCCACGAAUCAGGGCAGUGAGCAAGGGAUUGAGGUGCCUCACACCUCGGGACGUUUCAGGUCAUUAAGCUGUGUACUUCCUCCGAUUUAG